GCUGCUGCCGCCGCCGCCGCCGCCGCGAUGGAUUUAGCCUACGGGGCCGUGUGGCUGCUCACGGUGCUGCUCGAGGGCAUCUCCGGGCAAGGCGUCUACGCCCCACCCACAGUGAGGAUCAUCCAUUCUGGCCUGGCCUGCAACAUUGAGGAGGAGAGAUACUCAGAGCGAGUGUACACCAUCCGCGAAGGGGAGACGCUGGAGCUGACGUGCUUGGUUACAGGCCACCCUCGGCCACAGAUCAGGUGGACCAAAACAGCAGGAAGUGCCUCUGACCGGUUUCAAGACUCGAGUGUCUUCAAUGAGACAUUGAGGAUUGCAAAUAUCCAGCGACAUCAAGGAGGCCGCUACUACUGCAAGGCUGAGAACGGCCUGGGCUCACCAGCAAUCAAGUCCAUAAGAGUAGACGUAUACUAUCUGGAUGAUCCGAUCGUGACCGUCCACCAGAGCAUAGGGGAAGCAAAGGAGCAGUUCUACUAUGAGAGGACGGUGUUCCUCAGGUGUGUGGCCAACUCCAACCCGCCCGUUCGGUACAGCUGGCGGCGAGGACAGGAGGUGCUGCUGCAAGGAUCCGACAAAGGGGUUGAAAUUUAUGAACCCUUCUUUACGCAGGGUGAAACCAAGAUCCUGAAGCUAAAGAACCUUCGACCUCAGGACUACGCCAAUUACAGCUGCAUCGCUUCAGUCAGGAACGUCUGCAACAUCUCCGACAAAAUGGUGUCCUUCCGGCUUUCAAACAAAACAGCAUCUCCGUCGAUCAAGCUCCUGGUGGACGAUCCCAUUGUGGUGAACCCCGGGGAGGCCAUGACCUUGGUGUGUGUCACCACAGGGGGUGAACCACUGCCGACUCUCACCUGGGUGAGGUCUGUCGGAGCCCUGCCUGAGAAAACGGCCCUGAAGGGCGGGACGCUGACCAUCCCGGCCAUCACCUCGGACGAUGCCGGCACCUACAGCUGCAUUGCCAACAACAACGUGGGGAAUCCCGCAAAGAAGUCCACCAACAUCAUUGUCCGAGCCUUGAAGAAAGGGCGGUUCUGGAUCACACCCGACCCUUAUCAUAAAGACGACAACAUCCAGAUUGGAAGGGAAGUCAAGAUCUCUUGCCAGGUGGAGGCGGUUCCUUCUGAAGAGCUCACAUUCAGCUGGUUUAAAAAUGGCCGGCCGCUGCGCAGCUCCGAGAGGAUGGUCAUUACCCAGACGGACCCCGACGUCUCCCCAGGAACCACCAACUUGGACAUCAUUGAUCUGAAAUUCACCGACUUUGGGACGUACACAUGCGUCGCAUCGCUGAAGGGAGGUGGCAUAUCGGAUAUCAGCAUCGAUGUCAACAUUUCCAGCAGCACAGUUCCACCCAAUCUGACUGUCCCCCAAGAAAAGUCACCCUUGGUCACCAGGGAAGGAGAUACCGUCGAACUGCAGUGCCAGGUGACCGGGAAACCCAAACCCAUCAUCCUGUGGUCCAGGGCCGACAAGGAGGUGCUCAUGCCAGACGGGUCGAUGCAGAUGGAGAGCUACGACGGGAUCCUAAGGAUUGUCAACGUCUCUAGGGAGAUGACGGGGACCUACAGGUGCCAGACCAGCCAGUACAACGGAUUCAACGUCAAGCCGAGGGAAGCACUGGUCCAGCUCAUUGUACAGUAUCCCCCCGCCGUUGAGCCGGCGUUCCUGGAGAUCCGGCAGGGCCAGGGCCGAAGUGUGACGAUGAGCUGCCGAGUGCUGAGGGCCUACCCCACCCGGGUCUUGACCUUUGAGUGGCGAUUGGGCAACAAGCUUCUCCGGACGGGACAGUUUGACGCUCAGGACUCCACGGAGUAUAUCAUCCGGAGUCUCUCCAGGGACAGUUAUGGGAUUUACAACUGCAACAUCAUCAACGAGGCCGGGGCCGGCAGGUGCAGCUUCCUUGUGACAGGCAAAGCCUUUUCCCCGGAAUUCUACUACGACACCUACAACCCGUUGUGGCAGAACAGAGCCCGCGUCUACGCCUACAGCCUGGAAUGGACCCAGAUGAACCCUGACGCUGUGGACCGUAUCCUGCAGUACCACCUGGGGAUCCGGCAGGCUGGACAGCAGCGCUGGUGGGAACAGGAAAUCGCUGUGAAUGGGAAGAUCCAGAAGGGAGAAUUAAUUACUUACAACUUGACAGAGCUGAUCAAGCCGGAGGCCUACGAAGUUCGCCUGACGCCAGUCACCAUAUUCGGAGAUGGCGAUUCCACCAUUCGUGUCAUCAAAUACAGCGCCCCAAUGAACCCUCACCUACGAGAAUUCCACUGCGGCUUUGAAGAUGGCAACAUUUGCUUAUUCACCCAAGAUGAAAAGGACAAUUUUGACUGGACAAGACAAAACAUUGUCCUCCGAGACACAAAAUACACGCCAAACACGGGGCCCAGUGCCGACCGCUCUGGCUCCAAGGAAGGAUUCUUCAUGUACAUUGAAGCCUCCAGUCCCAGGAAAGAAGGAGACAAGGCCCGUCUCAUUAGCCCUGUUUUCAGCAUCCCCCCGAAAAACCCAUAUGGAGCCACUACCACUGCAUAUUGCUUUAGUUUCUACUACAACAUGUAUGGACAACACAUAGGCACAUUAAAUGUUUACCUGCGGUUAAAAAGUCAGACUUCAAUAGAAAGCCCAUUCUGGUCUUCAACUGGGAACAAAGGCCAACAGUGGUUCCAGGCCCGUGUUAAUAUACAUCCGAACACUUCAUUUCAGGUGGUUUUCGAAGGGAUCCGUGGCCGAGGCAUUGAAGGAGAUAUUGCCAUUGAUGACAUAUCAAUUGUGGAAGGAGAGUGCACGAAAUCAGAUUACGUAAACAACCAUAUACCUUCAGGUGGAGUCAGGACGCUGCCGCAUAUACGGAUUUUCCCUGUUUUCCUUCUCAUGUCUGUCUUAAGUCAUCAGAGGUGACCUUAUUCUGGCAGAGGCUUCAACACGGAUGUACCACGCACUGGCAUGAAGAAAAGAGAACAUUUUAAAAAAAGAAACAAAAACUACCAAAGA